GCAGGAGAGAGAAGCAUUGAGACACCAAGACAUCUCUCCUUUCAACCCAGCAAAAACCCAACUCCCCACGCCAUGGCUUGCUGUAUUGCCCGCUGCUGCAGCGUCCCCACCGGCCCUGCCACCACCAUCUGCACCUCUGACAAAUGCUGCCGCUGCGGAGUCUGCCUGCCCAGCACCUGCCCCCAUGAGAUCAGCCUCCUUCAGCCCACCUGCUGCGACCCCUGCCCUCCACCCUGCUGUGAGCCUGAAAUCUAUGUGCCAUCCUGCUGGCUGCUGGACUCUCGCCACCCAACUCCCGGACUGAGUGGCAUCAACCUGACCACCUACGUCCAGCCCGGCUGUGAGAACCCCUGUGAGCCCCGCUGUUAACCAGCCAGGUCUCUGCACAGGUUCAGGGAAAUGAAUGCUCAAAUGUGCUCCGUGCUGUCGGGGCUUCAGCACCUGCUUCUGCCUACACCAUGGAUAAAUCAGUUCCAAUUCCUGGGGCCAUGUUUGCAACGAAAUUGCUCAACUGCUUAAUUCUUUGCUCCUCUGGGUACAGCUGAAGACAUCAUUUCUAUCCUUUAGGCUAUUUCACUGCUUUUUGAGAAAUAGCCCUUUUGGGUAUUCAUUAAUAAACUUUAUUCUUCUUUAGCACAUAUAAA